UGUUUUAGCAUGGCUAGCAAUUUGUGCCUUUUCAGAAAUUUCAUGGAGGGACACCUGGACCACCUGAUUACAGAGCUGGAGCUGGAGAGAUCAUUACAGCAUCAUGGCAGUAUUGAGGACGAGAUUGAAUGCAUAGAAAAAACGCUUGUGAAGAGAAGGGCUGAGCUCCGAGAGGCUGACCGGCUGUUAGCAGAAGCAGAAAAUGAACUGAAAAACACAGAGGAAAAGAAUGCAGAUUUAAAAGAAAAAUAUUGUACAGCCAAGAAGCAUUUAUCCCAAACGGAGAAUGACGCAGAGGAGCUGGAGAGACGGGCACAGGAAAUGGCUGUGAAUCUUGUAAAAGCUGACCAACAACUGCGGGUUCUGCAAGCAAAUUCCAGAAACUUGGAACAGCACAGAGCAGAGCAGGAAAGCAUUCUGCAUGAGAUAAACAGUGUUGUGUCUGCAAAAGAUGCUGAAUUCCAGUCUGUGAACCACAAGAUCCAAACCAUGGCUGAAAGUCUUCAGAAGUUGCAAGACGAUAUCCUGAUAGCAGAGGGGAAAGAAAGCCACCAUCUGCAGACACUGAAGGAAGCUGAAAACCUCCUUGUGGAGAAAAAGAUUGCUCUGGAGAGGCUAAACAGUCAUAUUUCAGCACAGCAGGAGAGGAUUUCAGAAUUGGACCGGCUCUUGGGACAAAAGAAGGAAGAGCUGCAUCUCCUUCAGAACCACCUUGAGCUAAAGAAGACUGAUCUGAAGGAGGUUCUGCGAGAUGGGGAGAUGGAGGCAGCUGAGAGAAGGCGGGAGAUAAAGGAGGUGAAAUCCUUGUUGGAUGAUUUAAGUGUUGAGAAAGGGGAACUGCAUGCACAGCUGAAUGAGAAAAGACUGCAGCUCUCCAACCUUAAACAGGAAGUGAUGCAAGAAGAGGACAAUCUACAAAAACUCGCCUCUCAGAUUCACAAACAGAAAACUGAGUUAAAACAUGUGCUGGAAAUGCAGCAACUGGAAACAAGGGAGCUUCAAGGAUUGAAACUGCAGCAUGACCAGAAAAUUAAUGACCUGGAGAAGACUCAGUCACUGCUAAUGCAGGGGAAACUGGAACUGGAGAAUCUACAAAGGACACUGCAGCGCGUACAUGGAGAGGCAGACUGGAAGAAGCAGCUGCUAGAAAAAGAUCACCAGGAGAUAGAGCUUCUUAUGACACAGAUGCACACACUGCAGGAGAAGGUGGAAAUCAUGAAUAAAGAAAAGGAACAGCUGGAGAAGAGCAGAGAUGACCUAGAGUGCAAACUGACUCAUACUAAGAAGGCCCUCGCCGACACAGAAGAGAGUACAAGGACAGCGAGCGGCAUGCUAGACAAGUUGGAGUCUGAUAUAAAAUGCCUACAGAGUGAGCUCAAUCAUCUGAGCAAGCAAAAACAAUCAUUGAGGCAGGAAACCACAGCCACUCAACAGACACUGCAAGAAAGAAGGGAGGAGGUGAAGCUGCUGCAGGGUGAGCUGACUGACUUGCGGGAUCAGUUGAGGAUGGCGGAACAGGAUCUGAGGAAUACUACAAAGCAGCGGGAUAACAUGUUGCAUGAGCAGUCCACCCUGCAGGAUGAACUGUUAGAAACCACAAGCCGAUACAGACUGCUGCAGGAAAAAGAGAGCAGAAAAGAACAACACCUCAAACAGCGGCAAAGUGAAAUUGAAGGCAAAGAGUGCGAGAUCAAGCAACAGGAAACU